UAUUGCGUCAUUUAUUCAUGGGCAUUGCGUAUCGUAACGAGGUCGAGUGCCGUCUGCCAAACACCGGUACAGUCAGAUCAGAUCCGGAGGAAACGGUGAUAACUUUGAAUUAAUGCAGCAUAUUUUCCUAAAUUGUGAUGCACAAUCUGUCCAAGGCAGAUUUUUAAGCUAUGAUGGUGCUCAGAUAUAAAGUAUGUCUUUUGAGGUCCACCGUAGGGAGACUCUUCAGCACAAGCUCUGUCAAGAAGAAUGUCAGAGUAAGAUUUGCUCCAAGUCCCACUGGUUUCCUUCAUUUAGGUGGUCUGCGGACAGCCCUCUACAACUUCAUCUAUGCAAAGUCUCGCGGUGGAACUUUCAUUCUACGCAUAGAGGACACAGACCAGACAAGGCUUGUACCUGGCGCCCUUGAUAAUCUCCACUCAAUGCUAGAAUGGUCUGGUCUUAUUCCAGAUGAAGGUCCUUUACCAGGCGGCAGGCAUGGUCCUUACGUGCAAUCAGAGAGACUUCAUCUCUACAAUCAACACAUACAGACGCUACUUGAAAAUGGCACUGCCUACAAAUGCUUCUGCUCUUCUCAACGUCUUGAGUUACUGAGGAAGGCUUCAAUACGGAAUGGGGAAACACCUAGGUAUGACAAUAAAUGCAGGCAUCUAUCACAGAAAGAUAUCGACAAACAAGCAGCAGAAGGGAAUAGCUUUGUCAUACGAUUCAAGCUAAAUCCUGGUAUAGAGCCUAACCAUGACUUGGUCUACGGUAGAACGCUGUAUGAUGCAGGCCAUAUAGAAGGAGAUCCAGUUAUAAUGAAGAGCGAUGGCUACCCCACCUACCAUUUUGCCAAUGUAGUAGAUGAUCACUUGAUGGAGAUCAGUCAUGUUUUACGAGGACAGGAAUGGAUAGCAUCAGUAUCUAAGCAUCUUUCACUCUAUCAAGCAUUUGGAUGGCAGCCUCCUCAGUUUGCUCAUCUCCCUCUACUGAUGAACAAGGAUGGGUCUAAGCUGUCAAAGAGACAAGGCGAUAUAUUUGUGGAACAAUUUAAGAAUCAAGGUUACAUGCCUGAAGCAUUGCUAAACUUCAUCACAUUCUGCGGGUCAGGGUUUGAUGACAACAGGAAAAUCAGAAAUAUGGAGGAGUUGAUUACAGAUUUCUCUCUAGAUAAAGUCACCACCCACUCUGCCGUGCUGGACAUGGAUCUACUGGAUGGGGUCAAUCGAGGUCACCUGUCAAGGUUAAUGGGGUCAAGUAACGGUCAACAAAGACUGAUCAAGGAACUCAGAGAGAUGGUCAGAGAAGAACUCGGAGAAAGGACAAAUGGCUCUCUUCAUGAAAUGGAUGAUGACUAUCUCAAAAAGGUUCUACUUGCAAGGAAAGAUCACAUAGGAAGAUUAAAAGACUUGACAUCACCCAACUAUGCAUUUCUAUGGGUUUGUCCUGAUCUGGCUACGACAGACUUUUCUUCCUUUACGCAACACUCAGAUUUUGUACUGUCUUCAGCAAUCAGUCAACUAGAUCAAGUUGAGUCUUUCACCAAAGAAACAUUAAGUCCUAUUCUGAGACAGAGCUUCACAUCACUGCCAGAAGGUCUCAAGUAUCCUCAGUGCAUGAAGGUCCUUAGAGUAGCAAUAAGUGGUUUGAAGCAAGGGCCUGCUGUAGCUGAGAUGAUGGAGAUAUUAGGGGGAGAUGAAACCAUGAGGAGACUGAAGACGGCUCUUAAUCAUCUCCAAAGAUAGCAUCUUGACUAGGUCUCUCAUCUUCGGAUAUCUGUGUUAUUUCCAUGCCAUCCAGUGAAACUGCGAUUGGAUUAGCCAAUGGUAAAGGCAGAUUGAGAGACACAGCAUGAAGGCAAUCUGUCAUGAGGCCUUGUUGGGUAUAGCUGAGACUGAGAAGCAUGAAUUAUUUAUAAGCAUCCCGAUAAGACAGAUUUGGAUCAUUGAUUGAUCUGCAGUCUCAAUGCAAGUAUUAUGCGAUUUAAUGUUCGCUCCAAGCUUUGAUUCACACCCUGAUGCUGAGUUACCAUAAAGAUAUACUCAUCUAUUGGCUGCUAUCUUUAUGUUAUGCUAAAUACCAGUCGCUGAUGGAUGCACUGUUAUCCAGGGGAUCUAAUUAAAAGCACAAUUCAAAACAAUAUGUAAAUUAUGGAGACCAGCGGCGGAUCCAGGAUUUUGCAAAAGGGAGAUGGCUCAUUUUGACAAAUUUGACAAGCAAAAAAAAAAGAUCCUCACUGUCAAAAGGGGGGGACACACUUAGGUAAAAAUGGCAUAUCUACCUUUAAAAUUUUGAUUAUGGCUCUCUCACGAGCCAAAUGUGCCCCCUCCCCAGGAUUCACCACUGAUCAAGACAUCUUUCAUCAACGUUGGUGCUUAUGUCAAGGAAUAUCAAAACACCUUGUCAUUUGAGUUCAAAUGACCUUCUUCUAAUCAUGUGCAGAAUGGAACUAUUAAUUGGUCUAUUGCCCAUUGAACAUAUUAAUACAGCUAAAUCUAAGAAAAUUGUCGUCUGCGCCCCCUAUAUUUCAAAUUCCUGGAUUCGCCACUGGAUCAUGUUUGGCUAGAUAUUGAAUUAUGACACAGUCCCACUGGCAAAACCAACUCCAGACCGUAAAAGUCAUUACCGGUAUGUUAUUACCGAUGACGUGGAGUGUUGUGUCCUAGUGGAUAAGUCUCCGGACUUUGAAACAGAGGGUCAUGGGUUCGAAUCCCAGCCAUGGCCUAAUUUCAUUCGGCAAGAAAUUUAUCAACAUUGUGGAUAAAUUCACCUCAUCCAGGUGAGAUGAAUGGGUACCCGGAUGAUUUAUUCCUUGAACGCUUUCGCGCCUAUUAAUACGACGGCUCACCAACAGCCGGGGUAAUAAUAUGAUACCAAGUAUCAAAGUCCAGUUGAGUAUAUGCACAUAGUAACUGUACUAUGUAAAUGGACAUAUUAUUAUCAUUAUAACCUCGGUCGGUUUGGUGACAGUUUCUUUGAUAUGACAGUACCAUCAUGGUUCAACUUUGUACAUCAGUGAGAAUCAAUACCUUAUGAAUACAAUCGUUAUAAAAUAAUUUUAUUAUAUACAAAGUAUUUUUCAUGUAGCUUUUUGUUACUAUGUACUAAUGAUAUAAACUGGAAGUUUACUGGUAGCAAGUAUGGCUGGGGUGUUCCCUGAACCUGUGCAUGAUGUUGCACAUUGCAUUACAAAAGACUGAAAUAUGAAUACAUAAACUUUUUCCUAAUUUAUGUUUCACUUAAAAGGCAAAGUCCACCCCAACAAGAAGUUGAUGUGAACAAAUGAAGCAAUAUCAAACAAGCAUAGCACUGAAUAUUUCAAUACAAGAUCAGUUGUAUAUUGAUAAGAAAGUUAUGGUUUAAGUUUGUUUCAUUUCUUAAAAAACGCCUUUAUUCACGUCCUAGUCAGUUUGCAAAUGACAAAGCCAAUGAUGUCACACUGUGACAAGGUCUUAUGUUUAUUAUUGUAUGAAAUAUUAAGAAUUCAUAUUUUAUCAACUUGAUGCUGAAGAGAUUCUUGCCCUAUUCGAAAUUAAUUAAAGUGAUGAUGAUUUUAUAUUUUCAAUGAGAAAGCAAGUAGUGAAACCAUGUUCUAUUUUAUUGAAAAAGAGGGAACAUUUUAUAUUUCAUGUAAUAAAAUGUAAAAGAUAUAGCCAGUGGGUGACCUCAUUCGUUACCUCAUUUGCAUAAUGUCUGAGAUGUGCUUUUUAAUGUUUGUUGAAUAAAGUGCAACUUCAAAUCCUAUAACUUUCUGAUUUACAUAAAGUUUUAUUUUGAUGAA